AUGGAUAAAAGAGCACCCUACUCCCUGAGCGUUUAUGGCCCUAGUGAAAGUGGCGCAGAAGACUCAAAGACCACUAUUCAGAAUCGCCUCCGAGAUUUUGUGUUGGAAUUCCAGCUGGACAAUGUAUUCAUCUACCGGUAUGAGAUCGAUCUCUAUCGUGGAAUAUUUUUACGGGGAACGGAAACUGACAGAUUUGGGGGGAAAAUUAGAGAUCAAUUACGGCAGAAUGUGCUUGUGAAGCAAUUCUACUGCGAUAUCGAUGUCGCCCAUCUCAUUUCCUAUAAUGAUGUAUUGGGGCACAAGGUCGCGACUGAUCCUGCCGAAAUCAUUCCUUUGUUUGAGCUUGCUCUGCAAGAUUGCACUCGCCGAAUCGUCUACCCCGGCCAGCGUGAUAUCUCACUCCCUUCCCAUCAAUUGCUUUUGCACUCCUCCGCCGCACACCUUUCCAUUCGAGAGCUCAAUGCCUCAAAUAUCUCCCACCUUGUCCGAAUUCCCGGUAUUGUGAUUGGCGCUUCCACUAUUUCAUCAAAGGCCACUACAGUCCACAUUCGCUGCAAGAACUGCGACCAUAGCGAAAAUAUUCAUGUGGACGGCGGGAAGGAACCCGGCGAUCAGCCUGGUGACCAGUGUCCUCUCGACCCCUAUGUUAUUCACCAUGAGAAAUGUCGCUUCGUUGACCAACAAGUCCUCAAGCUCCAAGAAGCCCCUGACCAGGUACCAGUUGGUGAAUUGCCUCGACAUGUCUUAAUUUCCGCAGAUCGAUACUUGGCCAACCGCGUUGUUCCCGGUUCUCGCUGCACCGUGAUGGGCAUCUUUUCCAUCUACCAGGCCAAGGGCGGUAAGAAGGAGGCAGCAGUGGCGAUCAGAAAUCCAUAUUUGCGUGCGGUGGGCAUCAACACCGACCUCGACCAAACGGCGAAGGGUAGCGCGAUCUUCACCGAAGAGGAGGAGCAAGAGUUUUUAGAGCUGAGUCGACGACCUGACCUGUACGAUGCCCUCGCCCGGAGUAUUGCUCCUUCCAUCUACGGAAAUAUGGAUAUCAAGAAGGCCAUUGUCUGCCUCUUGAUGGGUGGUUCGAAGAAGAUUCUGCCUGAUGGAAUGAAGUUGCGUGGUGAUAUCAACGUGCUUAUGCUGGGUGACCCUGGUACGGCCAAGUCUCAGCUGUUGAAAUUCGUCGAGAAGGCUGCCCCUAUCGCUAUCUACACUUCGGGAAAGGGGUCUUCUGCGGCCGGUUUGACUGCAUCAGUUCAGCGAGACCAUAACACUCGGGAGUUCUACCUCGAGGGUGGUGCCAUGGUUCUUGCCGAUGGCGGUGUCGUGUGUAUUGAUGAGUUCGAUAAAAUGCGUGACGAAGAUCGUGUUGCUAUUCACGAAGCUAUGGAGCAGCAGACAAUCUCUAUCGCCAAGGCUGGUAUCACAACUGUCCUCAAUUCUCGAACCUCUGUGUUGGCUGCUGCAAAUCCCGUUUUCGGUCGCUACGAUGACCUGAAGACUCCUGGUGAGAACAUUGACUUCCAAACUACUAUCUUAUCCCGUUUCGAUAUGAUUUUCAUUGUUCGUGAUGAUCACGAACGCGGCCGUGAUGAGAGAAUUGCCCGUCACGUUAUGGGUGUUCACAUGGGAGGACACGGUGUGGAAGAGCAAGUGGAGGCCGAGAUUCCAGUUGAACAGAUGAAGCGCUACAUCAGUUACUGCCGAAGCCGAUGUGCUCCUCGGCUCUCACCCGAAGCUGCCGAAAAGCUCUCCUCCCACUUCGUUUCUAUCCGUAAACAAGUCCGCCGCACCGAAGUCGAGUCCGAUGCCCGGUCAUCAAUCCCCAUUACCGUUCGUCAGCUGGAGGCUAUUGUUCGUAUUACUGAGUCUUUGGCCAAACUUCAGCUGUCGCCCAUUGCUACUGAGGCUCACGUCGAUGAGGCCAUCCGUCUCUUCUUGGCCUCUACGAUGGAUGCUAUUACUCAAGGAGAGGGCUCAGGUAAUAAGGACCUCAUGCAGGAGGCUUCGAAGAUCGAGGACGAGCUCAAGCGCCGAUUGCCGGUUGGCUGGAGCACUAGCUUGGCAACAUUGCGCCGAGACUUUGUUGAUGCCAAGGGCUACAAUGAGCAGGCAUUAAAUCGGGCGCUGAUUGUCCUGCAGAGGAGAGAAACCAUCCAGAUUCGGUCGGGUGGCUCCCAGAUAUACCGCAACAGGCCUUAA